AUGGAAUCAGAGAACCAAACACAUGUUCCAGAAUUCAUCCUUUUGGGGCUUUCAGAAGAGGAAGACCUGCAGCCCCUCCUCUUUGGAGUGUUCCUGUCCAUGUACCUGGUCACCUUCACUGGGAACCUGCUUAUCAUCCUGGCCAUCAUCACGGACUCCCACCUCCAUACACCCAUGUACUUCUUUCUCUCCAACCUUUCUUUUUCAGACAUCUGUUUUACAUCUGCAACUGUCCCAAACAUGCUUCUGAAUAUCCAGAUCCAUAACAAAGUUAUUACUUAUGAAGGUUGUAUCACUCAGAUCUAUUUUUUUGUACUUUUUGGAGCCUUAGACACUUUCCUGUUGACAGUGAUGGCGUAUGACCGCUUUGUGGCCAUCUGUCAUCCACUACACUACACAGUCAUCAUGAACCCUAAGGUCUGUGGCCUCCUACUUCUGGUAUCCUGGUUAUUGAGUUGCGCUGCAUCAUUGUCCCACACUCUGAUGCAUAACAACUGCAUGGAACCAGAAAAUCAAACACAAGUUUUGGAAUUUAUUCUUCUGGGGCUCUCAGGAGAGGCAGACCUGCAGCCCCUCCUCUUCGGGCUCUUUCUGUCCAUGUACCUGGUCACCUUCACUGGGAACCUGCUUAUCAUCCUGGCCAUCAUCACGGACUCCCGCCUCCACACACCUAUGUACUUCUUUCUGUCCAACCUCUCUUUAGCAGACAUCUGUCUCACUUCUACCACUGUCCCAAAGAUGCUUGUGAAUAUUCAGAUACAGAACAAAGUUAUUACUUACCAAAGCUGCAUUGCUCAGAUGUAUUUUUUCGUGAUUUUUGGAGACUUGGACAGUUUCCUCUUAACAGCGAUGGCCUAUGACCGGUUUGUGGCCAUCUGCCAUCCCCUACGCUACACAGUCAUCAUGAGCCCCAAGGUGUGUGGCCUCCUACUUCGGGUGUCCUGGAUACUGAUGGUUUCCUUGUACACUGGUACAGUUCUUGGAGUUUAUUUCAUUCCUUCUGCUUCCCAAAACUCUAGGGCCAGUGCAAUAGCGUCAGUGAUGUACACUGUGGUCACACCCAUGCUGAACCCCUUUAUCUACAGUCUCAGAAACAAGGACAUAAAGCAGGCCCUAAAAAGACUUUUCAAUCAAGAAAAAUUUUUUGUAUAA